AAGAAGUGAAGAAAUCUAAAAUCAAAAGGAAUGAAUCGCCCCUUUAUCAACGUCUUGACUGCUUUAUUUGCAUGUUUAAUGGAGACCAACAACAGCAGGGUGGUGGAUGCCAAGGAGCAUGAGUCCAGAUCAGGCUCUACUACUAACUUGUCUCCCUCAGACUUUCUGGACUCAUUAAUGGGUAGAACAUCUGGUUAUGAUGCACGAAUACGACCAAACUUCAAAGGUCCCCCAGUUAAUGUUACCUGCAACAUAUUUAUCAACAGCUUUGGUUCUAUAGCAGAAACUACUAUGGAUUACAGAGUGAACAUCUUCCUGCGACAGAAGUGGAGAGACCCUCGGUUGGCAUACAGCAAAUACCCAGACUCCUCUCUUGACCUGGACCCAUCCAUGUUGGAUUCUAUUUGGAAACCUGACCUGUUCUUCGCCAACGAGAAAGGCGCCAACUUUCAUGAUGUCACCACAGACAACAAGCUCCUGAGGGUCUUCAAAGAUGGGACCGUCCUGUACAGUAUCAGGUUGACUCUCAUUCUAUCUUGUCCGAUGGAUCUGAAGAACUUUCCCAUGGACAUGCAGAUCUGUACCAUGCAACUGGAGAGCUUUGGCUACACCAUGAAUGAUUUGAUCUUUGAGUGGGAGAGCAAGGACAAAAAUCCUGUACAGGUGGCCGCUGGGCUGACCCUUCCUCAGUUCAUCAUGAGAGAUGAGAAGGAGCUUGGCUACUGUACCAAAAGCUACAACACCGGUAAAUUCACCUGCAUUGAGGUGAAGUUCCACCUGGAGAGACAGAUGGGUUACUACCUGAUCCAGAUGUACAUCCCCAGCCUCCUCAUCGUCAUCCUGUCCUGGGUCUCCUUCUGGAUCAACAUGGACGCCGCCCCAGCCAGGGUGGCACUGGGCAUCACCACCGUGCUCACCAUGACAACCCAGAGCUCCGGCUCCCGAGCCUCCCUUCCCAAGGUCUCCUAUGUGAAGGCCAUUGAUAUCUGGAUGGCCGUGUGUCUUCUGUUUGUAUUUGCUGCCCUACUGGAAUACGCUGGGGUUAACUUUGUCUCCAGGCAACAGAAGGAGUUCCUUCGCUUGAGGCGAAGACAGAGGCGGACUCACAGGGAUGACGACAUGAGGGAUGGCUUCAAUUACUUGGGUUACGGCAUGACUCAGUGUCUGAAGGAUGGGUCGGCUGUUAAAAACGCUGUCCCAAACCCCGGCCCAGCACCACCAACCUCUAAAGAGAAAGAGGUGAUAAGGAAGAGGUUUGUGGACAGGGCCAAGAGGAUUGACACUGUGUCUCGAGCAGCCUUCCCUAUGGCCUUCCUCCUCUUCAACAUCUUCUACUGGAUAACAUACAAGGUCAUCAGGCAUGAGGACAUUGGCAUGCAGUCAGGGUAG